GACCGUACUGUACAUCUAUUUGUUAUGCGUACACUUGUCAAUAUAUUAGUAGUUAUGAGUUAUAUAGUACUGUAUUUAAAUCACCGGAACGACACCGUUAGCCACGUCCAAAGUGCCCGACAAAUAUGCAUAUUGCUUUUCCUUGACGGAUCGAAAACCUUUUGUACUUCGUCCUCAAUUCCAAUGAUAUGAAUAUUAUACUAUCUUUUCCAGAUUCUGUACGGUUUCAUUUCUCUCUCAAUAUAUAAACAUAUAAUUUUUUUUUGUAAUUUUUCUUUUAAGAUCUUUGUUUAUAUCUAAAUCGACGUGUACUACUUGUCUCUCUCUCUCACUCUUCAUGUAGAUCUUGGGUGGUUUAGAUUUAGAUUUUUACUGCUUCAGGGUUGCAUCUAUCGGUAAUCGAUUAAUCUCUCUCGUACCCAUCUCCUCUCUCUCUCUCUAGAAUAUACUCUUGAAUUGAUGACUUUCUCUCUAUAGAACUUGGAGAGAGAAACAGAGAUGGCAACCAAAUUAGGAUUCAUGAAGAAUUUAGCAGAGAAGAGAGAGAAAGAAAGACUGCUAUCAUACAAGGGAGGAGGGUAUUCAGCUUUAGCAGGACUCAGUUUAGGAGAAGAGGAAGAAGAAAAGUCUUAUGGGUGUUGUUCUUUUAGGUCAUUUGGAGAGUUAUGGAAGAAUUUGCAAGAAGUUGGUGGGAAGGCUUGGGAAAUGGGUCGGUCCGACCCACGAAAGAUUGUGUUUUCGGCCAAAAUGGGCCUUGCUUUGAUGCUCAUAACUCUCUUGAUUUUCUUGAAGGAACCAGUUAAAGAUCUGAGCAGAUACUCUGUUUGGGCCAUCCUCACUGUUGUGGUUGUCUUUGAAUUCAGUAUAGGAGCUACUCUUAGCAAAGGAUUUAACCGCGGGUUGGGGACAUUAUCGGCAGGGGGGCUUGCUCUCGGCAUGGCUGAGUUAUCUUCAUUGGCUGGAGACUGGGAAGAAAUUGUUAUUAUUCCAAGCAUAUUUAUCAUGGGUUUUUUCGUGACUUAUGCAAAACUGUACCCCACUAUGAAGCCAUAUGAAUAUGGAUUCCGAGUGUUCUUGUUAACAUAUUGUUAUGUAAUGGUAUCUGGGUACCGCACAAGAGAAUUUGUAGAUACAGCCGUGAAUCGUUUCUUACUCAUUGCGCUGGGCGCUGGCGUUUGUUUGGUGGUAAAUAUAUGCAUCUACCCCAUCUGGGCUGGUGAGGAUCUGCACAACUUGGUGGCGAAAAACUUCAUGGGUGUCGCCACCUCCUUGGAAGGUUGUGUCAAUGGGUAUCUGAAUUGUGUCGAAUACGAGAGGGUUCCUUCGAAAAUUCUUACUUACCAAGCUUCCGAUGAUCCAGUUUAUAGCGGCUACAGAUCAGCAGUGGAAUCUACAAGUCAAGAGGAUGCUCUGGUAGGCUUUGCUAUCUGGGAGCCACCUCAUGGUCCUUACAAAAUGCUUAAAUAUCCUUGGAGAAACUACGUCAAAGUAAGUGGUGCAUUGAGGCAUUGUGCAUUCAUGGUCAUGGCACUGCAUGGAUGUAUACUCUCAGAAAUACAGGCUCCUGCUGAGCGAAGAGAGGUAUUUCGUGACGAACUUCAGAGGGUAGGUACUGCAGGCGCUAAAGUGUUACGAGAGCUUGGAAACAAAGUAAAAAAGAUGGAGAAAUUGAGUGCAGCUGACAUACUACAAGAAGUGCAUCUGGCAGCGGAAAUGUUGCAAAAGAAGGUUGAUCAAAAGUCAUACCUUCUCGUCAAUUCAGAGAGCUGGGAAAUUGGAAAUAGGGAAAAGGAUCUGGGAGAUCCACAAGACGACCUGAACACAGAGAAUGAGAAAAAUAAAUUUUAUGAACACAAGUCUCUCAGUGAGGCUGUGCUUGAUCUGAGAUCAUUUCCAGUGCCAGGGAGUCAGGAUGUUCGAAACACUAACGUGGAUGCGAAUUCCAUCCCAAAUGCAAACGCUCCCUCAGUGAACAUGUUCGAGAGGCGAAUAUCGUGGCCUUCUCACAUCUCAUUAGCACCCUAUGCACCUCUUGAAGAAGAAGAAGAAUCGAAGACUUACGAAAAUGCCAGUGCAUUGUCUUUGGCAACAUUUACAUCACUUCUGAUUGAAUUUGUUGCACGGCUUCAAAAUCUUGUUGAUUCAUUUAAAGAAUUAAGCGAGAAGGCUAACUUUAAGGAACCCGUUGAUCCUUCAGCAGUAGCAGAGGAGGCUGUUGGAUUUUGGACCAGGUUGCGAAGGUGUUUUAAAUUUAGGAACAGAGAUGGAAAUUUACUAGGUUAAACAUCAUUUUUUAUGCAUAGAAGGAAAACAUUGGAAAGGAAGGCACUUGAGGAGACUUGUUGCCAAUACUGAGGUCUUAUAGCUCCUAAUGUUGGUCUCAUGAAGUUGGUAAUCGAAGUAGUUUCAGUUCUCUAAAUGCUGUGGAAACUGAACUUUGCUGCUGAUGUACUUGCAAGUACCUGCAACUAUGGCUGCUUUCGAGUUCUACUUGCCAAAGCUGUCUGAGAGACUUUAAUCUAGAGAAGUAAACUAGAUGACCAUUAAAGUUCAAGACGAUUUCUUAUAUCAAUGACAAGUUGUUCUGGAUGACAAAUCAAAGAACUCCAAAGUUAUGGAGUAGCAAUCAUAUAGAGAUAUCUGAUUGAAUUGGGGACUCAGACUAGAAAUCGGAAGUAGAUGUUUAACAGCUGUGGAGUUAUCUUCUCCAAAUUGUAAGUUAGCAUAGGUGAUAAAGGAAUCUGGCAAAAACCAGCCAACUCACCCGCACGCGAUGGGGCUAAAUAGUUUGGACUUGGUUUUUGAGGUACACCGGUGAACAACUUCAUUCUCUACUAGUAGUUUAAAUUUUGGAACAUUUUCAUUUACGUGAAUGGAUUAGUUAGGUUCUUUUCG